AAGCGCCAGCAAAUUAGACACCGCAAGUUUGACAAAACACCUUUUAUACACAAGAUUUUAUCUAUUUAUUUCUAUUGUAAUCGUUGAAACCUUUUGUAAAGAGCGAUAUUGACGAUUGUUUUUUAUUUAAAUUCGUCAGUAUUAAGUGAAACUGUGAUAAAAGCGCAUUUAGUUACUGCAUAUAAUGUUAUAAGAACCGUAAUGGGAAAUUCCGGCCUAAAACAACAUUUGGAAACUUCAAAGAAAACGGGAGUAUUAAAGAUAUCGCAACAGAAAUUAAAUGAAUUUCCUCCAGGUAUUUUACAACUUGACGGAAAUUUAAGAACUUUAGAUAUAUCGGAUAAUAAGUUUAUAACAUUACCGAACGAAAUAAGCAGGUUCAUUCAUUUGAAGCAAUUAAAUCUCAAUAAAAACAAACUUACGAAGUUACCUGACUGCAUUGGCGCACUAACAAAAUUGGAAUUAUUUAACGGAUCGCAUAACAAUUUAAUUUCGUUACCACGUACCAUAUCUAACUUGAUUCAUUUGAAACAAGUUUAUUUAUCCGAUAAUCACUUUAAGGAAUUUCCACUAGUUUUUACUGGGCUUAAACAUCUAGACGUAUUAGAUCUCUCCAGAAAUGAAAUAAACUGCAUCCCACCAGAAAUAUCGGGCCUGUAUGCGAUCGAGCUCAUUUUAAAUCAAAACCAAAUAUCUGAAAUUACCUAUCAUGUGGCCACAUGUCCAAGAUUAAAAACACUUCGACUGGAAGAGAAUUGUUUGCAGCUAUCAGCCAUACAUCCCGCAGUUUUAGGCGAAUCGAAAAUAUCCAACUUGGCGUUGGAUGGAAAUUUGUUCGAGGUAAAAGAGCUUUCGGAGGUGGACGGUUACGAUUUAUAUAUGGAAAGGUUUACAGCUGUUAAAAAAAAGAUGUUUUAAUACGAGUUGUAUUCGUCUAUACUUCACUGUUUACACAGACUACGUAAAUACUACUAUUACGCAAAUAUCUCCAAUUUGGUGCUUCUAUGUCAAUUUUCAUAAUAUCUGUGGCUUAAACGCAUAUGUUGUACAUAAACUGUCUACAAAUUACUCAAGGUUCGUGUUAAUGGAAGUAGCGUUAGAGAAUGUUAAGAACCAACUUUCUAAAUUUGAAAUUGGUAACACCAACUUAUUAUUGUAAUAUAUGAAUUUUCUUGUAUAAAAAAUUGCUGUAUACUUUUGGUAUUCUAUACAUCUAAAUACAUAUCUUCAUGUUA